AUGGUUGAAGGAGUUGAGGAUAAAAACGAGAAUGACCUUACCGAAAAGGAGAUAAAGGAGAUGGCGAGUCUGGAGGAAGAAGAAAAGAGGUUGAAGGAGGCGAAGAAGAACUGGGAAGUUCAGGCGAUAUUUUUGCAAAACGAAUUAAUGAAAAAAUUCAAUGAAGAAAAAGCUUUCUCGUAUAAUUUAAAAGAGAUUGAAGAGAUUAAGAAAAGUCAGAAAAGACAUGCAGAUGAAUAUCAUAAUAUUUUAAUAGAAAUAAAAAGAAUAAAAUUUUCUAUUGAGGAAUGGAAGACAUGUCCUACUAUUAAUACAGAAAUAGAGAAAGGCAAGUGUAAAUUUAUUGAGUUUCCAUUUGAGACAUUAGUUAAUUUGGAUAUGAGCAAUCAUAGAAAAGGCAAUCUCCUUGAUUCACGAAAACCAGAUGUUGUUUUUAUUCGGAAGGGUUUGUCUUUUGAUCCACUCAAUGUUGAAAUAGUUUUGGAGUUGAAAACUAAACGCAGAAAUUAUUUUAGAAAUGAGGAUAUAGGACAUAUUGCAGCAUUUGCUGAAAAAGUACUUCAAUUCCAACCUCAAAGACCUUUCAUAUAUGGUGUUCUAACAGAUUGCUAUUAUAUUAUGUUUAUUAAGGUUCAAAGGUCAACAAUAUCCUCAGAUGAUUUCACUAACAAGUUUAAAUACGAGUUCACUAAAAAAGAAUUACUUAAAUAUGGCAAUCAAGGAUGGAAUUGUUUUGCUACUUUACUUGUGCAAAAUAAAUCUCAUGAUAACACUAUUGUUGCAGUCAAAAUUUUAAAGUAUGAAGAUAAUAUUGAAAAGGAAGUGAACAUUUUGAAAAAGCUAGAAACCUUGAACUCUUCAAAUAUCUCUCCCAUUUUAUUUUCAAAUUCAAUCUCUAUUGUGAUGCCUUUAUAUGAAAAAGUUAACAAUUUACAAAAAAAAGAUAUCUCUCCCCUUGUCAAAACUAUAAAAAGGGUUCAUGACUCAGGAAUAUUACAUCGGGACCUUAGAAAAUGCAAUUUAUUACGGGAUGCAAACAGUGGGAGUGUAGUAAUUUGUGAUUGGGGUUAUAGUGUUUUUAUUAACGAAUCAAACUAUUUUGCAGGGGGUCUAGAAAUAGCAACAGAUGAUAUCCUUCAAAACCUUAUUGAAGGAGAAAAUGAAUUUAUUUAUGAAUGUCAAUUUGAUCUAAUUAGUUUUGUACGCAUGUUCUAUUUAAUGCUCCAUUGUCCAACUCUUAAAAGAUUAUCCCAUGAAGAAAAUUGGAUUAGUAAAAAUGAGAUUAUCAUUUCAACUGCAAAGAAAAUGCAAGAAUUUUGCCACCUCUAA